AUGGCCCUCGUCCGGGUGGCCAGCCUGCAGCGCGCUGCAACGAUGCAGUGGGCCGCCGGGAUGCAGCGUGCAGCCUCGGGGCCGGCAAUCCCGUUGGAUUUCGACCCCGGGCAGCUGCUCCUUGACCCAGACCAGAUACUACAAGAUGACGCAAACUUUGAGCGCUGGCUCAUGGAAAGCAUCGGGCGCGGCGGCAUGGAGGUGGAGGACGACGCUGACCUUGCCACCACCCUCCCGAUGCCCGCUACCACCGCCGCCGCCCUGAGCCCUUGCGCCCCAGAGGCCGUCGCCGCCGCGGCUGCCCCGCCGGCGCCUGGCGUGCAGAUCCCCCCACCUACAAGCCCCGCGGUGCCGUCGCCGUUCUCCGCGCCGGCCGCGUCGGGGCCGCUCUCGAGCGCCUCGUUCGCGCCGCCGCCGCCGGCCCAGCAGCAGCAGCAGCAGCAGCAGCAGCAGCAGCAGCAGCAGCAGCAGCAGCAGCAGCCGGCGAGCGCGAUGGUGGUCGCGGCGCCGCCAGACGGCGGCGCGCAGAGCGCCUACAGUGCUCUGUUCCAAGUCCCGGCCGGGCAUGUGCUCGUCCAGAUCUCUGUCAUCCGCGACUAUGGGAUCAACUGGGGCGACGAGGCGGCGGCCACCACCACCGCCGCGCCCCUCUCCGCCGCCGCCGUCGCCGCCAGCGCCCACGACGCCGCCGCCGGCGGCCUCUGCGACCCCCAGGCGCCGGCGCAGCUGCGCGUCGGCAGCGGCAGCAGCAGCGCCAACACCGCCGCGCUGGCGCUCGCGGGGGCGCCCGUCGCGCACGCCGCGCCUGGCUCGCCGGGCCGCGACGCGCACGGCGGCAGCCGGAGCGGCCACACGCACGACGGCUCCGCGUGCGCCAGCGCGAGCGGGGACGAGGCCGACGUUGCCGAUUGCGGCGGCGUCGGCGCCGCAGCGGCCGCGGGGGACGCCCCCCGCGCCCCGCGGCAUUCGCGCGAGGGCACUGGCUCCGCCGCCUCGGACCACACGCGCAUGAGGUAA